AUGUGUCCAAUCUUCAAGCAACCACUUGAGCAACUCUGUUCUUGGAUGGCGGUCAGCAUUAAUGGCGGCAGAGUCAACGAACUCGAAGCAGGAGGCCGGGCGAUCGUAAGGAAGAGAGGGUGCACGAAAGAUGAUUUCCUCCCCGAGGAGUCGUUUCAGAGCUGGGCCAACUACGGUCGGGCCCUCCGGGAGACGCCAAAGCGGUUCGUGGACCGGGUCCUGGCCCGGUCCAUGGACUCGACGGAGCUCCACGAGGUGAAGGCCCGGAGCGAGCACGAGAUGAAGAAGACUCUUAACUGGUGGGACCUUAUGUGGUUCGGUAUCGGCUCCGUCGUCGGCGCCGGCAUCUUCGUCCUUACCGGCCUUGAAGCUCGCGACCACUCUGGCCCCGCGGUGCUGCUUUCCUACGUGGUCUCCGGCGUCUCCGCCAUGCUCUCCGUCUUCUGCUACACCGAGUUCGCUGUCGAAAUCCCCGUGGCAGGUGGGUCAUUUGCUUACUUGAGAGUAGAACUGGGCGACUUCAUGGCCUUCAUCGCGGCCGGCAACAUCCUACUCGAGUACGUAAUCGGCGGCGCUGCAGUAGCUCGUUCAUGGACAUCCUACUUCGCCACCCUCUGCAAUCACAAUCCGGACGACUUCCGCAUCAUAGCCCACAGCCUCCCGGACGACUACCGCCACCUCGACCCCAUCGCAGUAGGCGUCGCCUCCGUCGUCUGCAUCCUCGCCGUGCUCAGCACCAAGGGCUCCUCUCGCUUCAACUAUAUCGCCUCCAUCCUCCACGUGGCAGCCAUCCUCUUCAUCAUUGUCGCCGGUUUCUGCAAAGCCGACGUCAAAAACUUCACCCCAUUCGCCCCUUACAAAGCUCGUGGCAUCUUCGACUCCGCCGCCGUCAUCUUCUUCGCCUACGUCGGGUUCGACGCCGUCUCGACCAUGGCCGAGGAGACUAAGAACCCCGGAAGGGACAUCCCCGUGGGCCUGGUGGGGUCCAUGGUCGUGGUAGUCAUAACCUAUUGCCUUCUAGCCGCGGUCCUCUGCCUCAUGGUCCCCUACACGAAUCUCGAUGCCGAUGCAGCAUUCUCGAUCGCGUUCGAGACCGUUGGAUUGAAUUGGGCCAAGUACAUCGUCGCGGCUGGGGCCCUACAAGGAAUGACCACAUGUCUGCUGGGCUCUGCCGUGGGCCAGGCCCGAUAUCUUACCCACAUAGCCCGAACCCACAUGAUGCCACCCUGGCUAGCUCAGGUCAACUCCAAAACCGGCACUCCAGUCAACGCGACAGUUGUCAUGCUCGGAGCCACUGCCGUCGUUGCCUUCUUUACCAAGCUCCGUAUCUUGUCCAACCUUCUCUCCAUCUCCACGCUGUUCAUUUUCAUGCUGGUCGCUCUGGCGCUUCUGGUCCGUCGCUAUUAUGUCUCCGGCGUAACGACGAAGGCCGAUCAGUUGAAGCUGAUCGGCUGCAUCGUGGGGAUCCUGGGAGGCGCCACUGCGACAGCGAUGAUGUGGGGGUUGAAGGUAGACGGGUGGGUUGGGUAUGUGGUCACCGUGGCUGUGUGGUUUUUGGCAACCCUUGGGCUAGCAGUGGCCGUGCCGCGGGCGAGGGAAGCCACGGUGUGGGGGGUCCCGCUGGUGCCGUGGCUGCCGUCGAUAUCGAUCAUGGUUAAUGUAUUCUUGCUGGGGUCGAUCGAUAAGGCUUCGUUUGGCAGAUGCACUUCUCAGUUCUCACCGCAACACCUUCUGAUUAAUAAUAACCAAAACUCGCCAAUGUCCACAACAACCGCGACCAACAACAACGGGAGCAAUGGCGACGGGAACAAUGGCGACCACAGUGUUACUAAAGCUAAAAAGCGACGAUGUUUUUGCGACAAGGACGAUUUCCUCCCGGAGGAAUCAUUCAAAAAUUGGGGGAAUUACUUCAACGCCCUCUCCAACACAAUCCCGAGGCUCAAAGACCGGCUGGUCUCCCGAUCUCUCGACAGCCUCGAGCUCGAAGGCGUUCGAGCUCGGAGCGAGAACGAGAUGAAGAGGACGCUCAAUUGGUGGGACCUGAUCUGGUUCGGGAUGGGCGCCGUCAUGGGCGCCGGAAUUUUCGUCCUCACCGGCGAAGCGGCAAGGGACGACGCCGGCCCCGCCGUCGUCAUCUCGUACUUAAUCUCCGGCGUUUGCGCGAUGCUAUCCGUCUUGUGCUACAGCGAAUUCGCAGUCGAAUUGCCGGUCGCCGGAGGCUCGUACGCCUAUCUGCGAGUCGAAUUAGGAGACUUCGUGGCGUACAUUGCUGCCGGGAACAUUCUGUUCGAGUACAUCGUCGCCGGAGCGAGCGUCGCGAGGUCGUGGACGUCGUACUUCGCGACGCUCUGCAAUGGCGAACCAAACGGAUUCCGAAUCUACGUCGGAUCUUUAGCGACGGACUACAACUAUCUGGAUCCAAUUGCCGUCGCUGUUUCGUUCGUCGUCUGCGUCGCCGCCUCGUGGAGCACGAAAGGGUCGUCAAGGUUCAAUUUCGUCACCACAAUCAUCCAUCUGGUGGUUUUGAUCUUCAUCCUCGCUGCGGGCUUCACCAAGGCCGAUCCCAAGAACGUCUCAAAUUUCGCCCCUUUUGGAAUUCGCGGCGUUAUGAAAGCGUCGGCAAUGUUGUUCUUCGCUUACGUCGGUUUUGAUGGCGUCGCUACUCUCGGCGAGGAAGUGAAGAACCCCGGUCGGGAUAUUCCCCUGGGGCUCGUCGGCUCGAUGACUGUAGUGAUCACUGUCUAUUGCCUCCUCGCGGCGUGCCUGACAAUGAUGCAACCUUACUACGAAAUCGACACCGAUGCUGCAUUCUCCGUCGCGUUCAAAGCAGUGGGGAUGGACUGGGCGAAGUAUAUCGUCGCCAUUGGUGCGCUGAAGGGAAUGACGACGGUUCUGCUGGCGAACAUUAUCGCGCAGUCUCGGUACUUCACUCACAUCAGUCGCACCCACAUGGCGCCGCCGAUUCUGGCCUAUAUUAACGAGAAGACGGGGACGCCAUUAGUAGCGACGGUUGUGAUGACCGUCGCUAAUUCUGUAGUAGCUUGCUUCACUAGCUUGGAUGUUCUGUCUUCUCUGCUUUCCAUUGCCACCCUGUUCAUCUUCUCGCUUGUGGCUCUGGGACUGCUAGUUAGGAGAUACUACGUUGCUGGGGAGACGACGGAUUCGGAUAAGAGGAAGAUGGUUUUCUUCCUGGUGGUGAUUGUGGGAUCGUCGUGUGGAGGGAGUGCUUACUGGGCGAUUGGACGAGGUGGGUGGAUUGGGUAUGCGAUUGCUGCGCCGAUUUGGUUUUUAGCGACGCUGGGGAUGCAGGUGUUUGUGAAGCAAGCUAGGAAGCCGAAGUUUUGGGGGGUGCCGUUCCUGCCAUGGCUGCCCUCUGCUAGUAUAGCCAUGAAUGUGUUUGUGAUGGGCUCUAUCGACGCUGCAUCUUUCGCUAGGUUUGCGAUCUGGUCAGCUGUGUUGCUUGUGUACUAUAUCUUUGUUGCACUCCAUGCUUCCUAUGAUGCAGCAAAAGAAAUUGAGAGAGAAACCCACGCUACUGUUAGGAUUGAAGAAGGGCAGCUACAACAGCCGACGGACACAAUUCUUGACUGA